AUGCAGUCUUCAAUGCGGCUGCUUAGCCGGGAGGCAUUGACCUCUAAAUCUCUCUAUGUCUGCUCCACCUGCAGACAGGAGGUCUCACCGCGAGGCCUUGCGCCGGUCACCCGUCCGCUCCAAGGACCCUUACGGUGGCGAGGGGCAAAUUGCAAAAGCGUGGCGCGAGAGGGGGAGCAGACAGCAACCGCGCCGGCCAGUCAGACCGACCUCCAGGAAGGCGAGACAAAACUUGAAGUUCCAGAAGAGGUUGAAGAGAAAGAUCUCCUUCCCAGCGACGAGUAUGAACAAGCGGAUACUUGGCAGGGUCUGAAGCGUCUCGGCUAUCUGGAGAAAAAUGCCUGGAGGCAGCAGAAUCCCACGGAGGCGGAUGAGGUGCAGCCGUACGUUUGA